UAGAGAUUGUGGCGCCUCGUAUAGAUACAUACAGAUUUUCAAUGGCGAACUUAGAGGAAACUCAAGAUGCUGAUUUGGAUGCUAUCCUCGGAGAGUUAUGCGCACUCGAUUCAGAAUACGACGAAGAAAUUUCCAGAGUGUCUGCAGACUAUUCUACACAAUCGAAAGAUAGAAAUGAAGGGGAGAGCUCACAAAGGCAGGAAAACAAAGAUGUCAGUGAUGGUGCCUCUACUAUCACACGUACUGACUCUCCUGAUAAUGAUUCGGCAUUCAGUGAUACUGUAUCCAUGCUGUCUAGUGAAUCAUCAGCUUCAAGUAGCGCUAGUUCAAAAUGUAAAGCAAUCAAAUUGAGCCUACUUCCAAAUCAAAAGGAUGCGGUUUUUCAACAGAAAGCAGAUAAAAUCAAGUUAGCCUUGGAACGCAUGAGGGAAGCAAACGUUAAAAAGCUUUUCAUCAAGGCUUUUUCUGUGGAUGGUUCAUCAAAAAGUUUACUCGUAGAUGAGAAAAUGACGUGCGGAUAUGUAGCGCGCUUACUUGCAGACAAAAAUCAUGUUACAAUGGAACCUAAAUGGGCAAUAGUGGAGCAACUACCUGAUUUACAUAUGGAAAGGGUGUAUGAAGAUCACGAAAUGCUAGUCGACAAUCUAAUGCUCUGGACGCGGGAAUCAAAAAACAAGAUCUUGUUUGCCGAGAGACCUGACAAAAUGUCAUUGUUUCAAACACCAGAGAAAUUUCUACUAACUGAAGAUGAUAAAGGUUGGUCAAGUGAACAAGAUGAACAUUCGCGUCAAGUUAUUAUAGAAGAAUUCUUCGGUCAAAGUGGAACUACAUCAAACAUCCCAUCUGUGUCUGGCCACCCCGUACCACAAAUGGAAGGACCUCUCUAUCUAAAAAGUGACGCUAAAAAAGGAUGGAAGAAAUUCUACUUUGUGCUUAGGCCAUCUGGACUGUACUAUUUACCGAAAGAUAAGGUGAAGACUUUAAAGGAGUUGGUGUGCUUGGCAACGUUUGAUACAAACGAAGUAUAUUUAGGAGUAAAUUGGAAGAAGAAAUAUAAAUCUCCCACUGACUACUGUUUCGCUAUCAAACACCCAAGACUUCAGCAGCCAAAGAGCGUCAAAUUCAUUAAGUUCCUUUGCGCCGAUGAUCAUAAAACUUUGGAAAGAUGGAUCACUGCGAUGCGAAUAGCUAAGCAUGGCAGACAGCUCCUAGAGAACUACCGCUCCCUCGUGGAAGAACUCACUCAAGAAGACUUAGAUCACUUGGCACAUGCCCGUUCGUGCUCGAUAACAUCGAUCCCCACAAAGACAAAUGGCACGGUGCCAAUGGGGGUCAACAGCCCCGCUCAAACCGCCUCGAGCAACACUAGUGUCGCCAAUUCCGACAUCAGCAGUGGCAGACACUCCCGCGCUUCGUCGUCUAGUUCCAGCGGAUGCUUGUCGGAUGGCGGCACAGCAUCAGAGAGCGCUUUUGACUGCGAGUUUCCUAUGGGUACAAUAAAACGUAAACCGUCGAUGAAACCAAACAUACCGCUGACAUGGAUGACGCGUCAGCUCAAAGAGAUGGCGGAGAAUGAAGGCGAGACGGACGCAGGCGACUCCGGCACGCUCACGAGACGGACUCGACCGAGGGACGACUCCACGCUUAAGCGACACCACUCUACUGCCACUGAGUCGUCGGACACGCCUGUUUACAGCACGGGUAGCAUCACUUCGAGCAGUCCUACGCGACACCAACCGGCCUCUCCUACCUACGGGCACUACGAGACAAUCGCGAGAGACCCUUACCGUAGCAGUGUCGAUACUGCCUCCUCUCUUUAUGGCUAUACUAUUUAUGAUAAGUCUCAACAACAAGAACUCGCGCCAUUCGAAGAUUUACCUCUUCCACCUCCACCGGCAGAAGAUGUUCAAGAUGGAAUGUUCAGCUCAACUCUGAGUCUCGACUCGCUACCACCCCCUCCGCCCCCGCUCGAUCCUAUAGAAGAUAUAUGUGGCUCUCAGCUCAGUCUGCCUCCUCCUCCCCCAGAACAUACCAUUGAAGCGCACUCGGGGAGGGUGCAAGAUAUCGUCAGUCAAUUGAGUGCCCAACAAAUCGAACAGACAGCACGAGCGGGACAACGAAACAGUAAUCAUCAGUCCGAGUCAAGCCGAACGUUUCCUCGACAACCCUCUUUGGACAGCGUUAAUUCUGAGGCUUCGAAAACUUCUUCACUUCAUUCCGAUAAAAGCAUCUACGGUCAACAAAAUGUCGCGUAUGGUGCUUGUCUAGUUGAAUUACAGUCUAAGAAUCUAAGUAACGGCAGCCCAUCUGUCCAAAAGAAAGCAAUGGAUUCAACUAAGGAGAGAACUAGUUCUAUCAAAAAAGUAAAUUUCGCGGAUGAUCUACCGCCAUGUUCCGAAAAGAAAACAAAAAAGAUCAGUUUCAAUUUAGCCGAUGUGCCGCCGUCACCGCGGAAGCCUCCGCCGCCGAAACGUAACGAAAGCACUCGGUUAUCGUCACCAAAAAAACUAGUAGAUUCUAAUAGCAACCCUCCCAAAGAGUUUUUAAAAGAUUUACAAAGAGUGAUGAGAAAGAAGUGGCAGGUGGCACAAAAAUGUAAACUCGAACCUGCGACGACACCGCACGAAGUUCUUGGUUUCAGAGAGUAUCCGCUGUCCGACGAUUAUAAAGAAACUAGCGUUUCUAUGUGGGUGCAGGAGCAUUACGGAGGAGGUUCGGGUGUCGAGGAUCCGUUCUACGAGAACUUGUACGGGAGGGAGGCAGUUCCGCGGCGAGAGGAGCCGAAGCCGAUAAAGAAGCGUCCUCCGCCCGCGCCGCCGCGCCGCAGCGACUCCACCCAUCUGUCCACGCACCCCGCGCACCCCUCAACGGUCCAACCAACCGCUUGA